CUUAUUUGAUGAUACUUCUAGAAAAGUACUGAGAGCCAAUUAUCCUGCUUCAGCUUUUCGAAACCCAUUUACUUCUAACGGUGGAAAUGCUACUAGCAGUAGCGAUUCCAACAGUUAUGACAUUGAACAAAUUUUGAGGGUUCGUCUAAAUGACAACGAAGCAAAACAACCUCCUUUAGAUAUUUUGCUAAAUUUUUUGAUUGGAUCGUACUCAAAAGCCACUCAAAUUUCCUAUAUUGUUGAUAUUUUGAGAGCUCUAAGUCAAGUUUUAUAUGAGAAUGGCGCAAAUUGUCAAAAU